CUGACGCAGGCAUCUACGCUUACGUCGUAAUACCGUAAGUCCGUACAGUACAAGGAACGGACACACACCCUACACUACAUGCUAUUUGGAGUACUGGAUUUACUAGCAUGUGUAAGAAAUCGUAUUAGAGGUGUGUUCUUACCGUGCGCGGUGGAAGUGGUCCCGCGGAACCGGUGGCGCACGGCUACAAGUGCGUGUGGAGCAACGAGGUAGACGACGUGACGUGACGUCGCAGCUGGCGUGGAUGGACUAGGGCAGAAAUUGCUCACGGAACAGACUGCUAUUGUUGUGUGUGUACUGUGUAGUAAGAUAUGACAUCGUUAACAAGCCAUGUUUAUGUGGAUCAGCGAGAUAAUGCUGAUAUAACACCAUAUGAGAAUGAACGGUUGUCACUUGUUGAUGAAAACCUGUCACAUAUGCCCUAUAAUGUGGUUGACAGUUAUGGAAUACUUUUGAAGAUUCUUGAUCUUACUCGUAAUAAAUUCAAGAAUCUGGACUUCUUGUCAGAAUUCCCUAACCUUACCUCUUUGAUCUUGGACCGUAAUGAGCUGGAUUCAGAAACUAUACUUCCACAUCUGCCAAAUCUGCAGCUUCUUUGGCUGAAUUAUAAUAAGGUAGAUGAAUUAUUCCCAUUCAUACGAAAUCUACAGAGAAGCUGCCCUAAUCUGAGAUUUCUUAGUAUGAUGGGAAAUCCUGCUGCUCCAAGUUACUUGAAUGGUGGAACAGUGUAUGAACAUCUUCAGUACAGAUUGUUUGUAAUAUCCUGGUUUCCUCACCUGAUUCACAUGGAUGAUCGAUACGUGACGAUUCACGAAAAGAAGGAGGCGAACAGAUUAUUCUGUCGACCCUUUUUGGAACGUUUAGCAAUGCGUGGUGGAGUGUUUGAUACUAUCAGUUCAGUACUGCUGGCUAUAGAGAGGUACUUCCAUAGAGGCCACAACCGCAGCACUGUCAUUUGAAGAGUGUAUAUCAGUAAGUGGAAACUGAAGAUGAUAACAAGUUUUAUUUCACUUAGGGAAAACAUGAUUUGUGAUCCCUCGGUGCUUGUUUGGAGUCCAUUUUCUUUUUAAUGCUAUGCACAAGGCUGUAAAUAAUGAUUUAUUUCUGCAACAAAAGGAAUCUCAGUUGAUGUUUACUGUGCUGACCUUAUGUCUACGAAAAGAAAAAAAGACUAUCCUUAAAAUCAAAUGACUGGAUAAAGAAUACAGUUGUAGCUCAAACUGACAGACAUUAGCAGCAGUUCACAUGAUAUUCCUUUAUCUCCAAAUCUGAAUAUAUCUCAUGACUGUUCUUCUUUGCACGUCUAGUUUUCAUUCCCAAAUGUUACCAAUAAACCGUAUGGAUAAAAAUCUUUAGCAAAAGAUUUUGACAGCAGUUUGAAGUGAAGUGUGUUUUUCACUGUUAUCAUUCUGUGAAAAGAUUUGUUGUUCCUGUUGUUGCACAGUGUAUUGUUGUUGCUCAAGUAAUUAUGUUAAAAGAGGAGGCAAUAAAUUUUUUUAAAUUUUUUUACUAAAAUCUGU